CAGCCGGCUGAUCUUAUCACAUGCUCAGAGCGAUUAGAGAGGCAAGUGGGAGAAGGUGCGGUGAGGAAGUACGAUGUCACAUGCAGUGUUUCAGGAAGCCAGCCAGAAGACGGCAGGAGACGCAGCACUUGGCCGGUCUCAGCAGAUUGGAACAACACAGCAAAGGAGGAAGGAACAAACAACAAAUUAAUCAGACAGGAAGUGAAUACCACAGAAGGACGUCUGCCUCUGACUCAGUAUGUCACACUGAAGAAGAGACCAGAGCUUGUCCAAAAUGGCUGCCUAGGAACGACCCCACGUUUGCCUUAGAAGAUGAUGCCUUUUUCAGGGAUGGUUUUCUGUCUUGGCUCAUGUCUCAUUUGCUCUCUGCCUGUGUCCCUGAUCAUGCCUUCUUACAGUACCCUUUAACGAUUUAUCACCAAGACUGUUGAAAGGCUAACCGUUGUCGGAGAUGCCGGUCCCCCCACCACCGGCGCCCCCACCGCCACCCACAUUUGCGCUGGCCAAUACAGAGAAGCCUACCUUGAAUAAGUCAGAGCAGGCUGGGAGAAAUGCUCUUCUGUCUGACAUCAGCAAAGGGAAGAAACUGAAGAAGACAGUCACCAAUGACAGAAGUGCACCAGUAUUGGACAAGCCCAAAGGAGCCAGCGCUGGUGGUGGUGGAGGCUUUGGGGGAAGCAGCGGGUUUGGUGGAGGAGCAGGCAGCGGUGGAGGAGGAAGCAGCAGCGGUGGUGGCAGUUUUGGAGGCGGCGGACCUCCAGGCUUGGGAGGACUGUUCCAGGCUGGAAUGCCCAAGCUGAGAUCCACGGCCAAUAGAGAUAAUGAUUCUGGAGGAAGCCGAGCACCCAUUCUACCACCAGGAGGAAGAUCGGCAUCUGCCAAGCCCUUCUCGCCCCCCAGCGGCCCUGGGAGGUUUCCUGCCCCUUCUCCGGGCCACCGCAGCGGCCCCCCGGAGCCUCCCAGGAACCGUAUGCCUCCGCCGAGGCCCGACGUGGGCUCAAAGCCCGAGAGCCAUCCCCCUCCAGUACCGAACACGCCGAGACGCUCCGGUGGCGCCGACGAGAUCCCCAGGCUUCCGCAACGGAACUUGUCCCUCACCUCGUCCGCGCCUCCCUUACAGUCACCGGGCCGGUCGGGCCCCUUGCCUCCCCCGCCCAGCGAGAGACCCCCUCCUCCGGUGAGGGACCCACCGGGCAGAUCGGGGCCCCUCCCACCACCACCGCCAGUGAACAGAAAUGGCAGCACAAACCGGGCCCUGCCUGCCACCCCUCAAUUGCCCUCCAGGAGUGGAGUAGAUGGUCCCAGGAGCGGGCCCAGGCCUCCUCUUCCUCCAGAUAGGCCUAGCACUGGGGCACUGCCUCCACCUCCACCAUCAGCAUCAAUUAGAAAUGGCUUCCAAGACAAUUCAGGUGAAGAUGAGUGGGAAAGCAGAUUUUACUUCCAUCCAAUAUCUGAUUUGCCACCUCCAGAGCCAUAUGUACCAACGACCAAAAGUUAUCCCAGCAAAUUGGCAAGAAACGAAAGCCGGAGUGGAUCCAACCGAAGAGAAAGGGGUGCCCCACCCCUUCCUCCCAUUCCGAGGUGAUCUCUGCCUGCUCUUCUCUCUCCAGACUCCAGAGCACCUUCUGUUGUUGCUGUCUGAGAAUCGCACACCUUCCUCCCCCUUCCCUGGUCCUCUUCAUUUAUGGCAGGAAGAAAGAAGAGAGGGUGAGGGGAAUUUCUGUGUGAGGAGGUGAGGAUCCAGUACAGAAAUGCACCUAGCUUUUUGUGUCCUGUAUAUUUUCACAGCUAUCGCUUGCUUCAGCUACAGCCUGCCCGUGUUGGCUUUGGGAUCCAUAUGCUUUUGUGCAAAUAAGCAGAGACUCAUUGUGUCCCAGCCCUCAACCAAACCUUCACUGCAUUUGUGACAGGCUAUAAUUAUGAAAGUCCCCAAGAGCUGUUAUUGCCUAUGCUUUUUUCAUGUGCUUGGCCUCCUGUGAGUCUGUUUCCAUGAACCACAGAUGGCUAAGACACAUUGUUGAUCAAGGGCUCACACAAAGCUUUUGCAGUUACAGGAUGCCCAGUCUUGGGCAUUCUGAUGUAGGCUGGAGAACAGAGCUGUCUAAUAGAAA